AUGUCGGCCGAUCCGCCCCGCAGACGGCGAUCCUCUUUUACAGAACAAUUCCAGCGCGUCUUUCACGGUGAUCGCGUUGAUCGCACUGACAAACAACGCCAAAGUUUAGGACCAGACACUCUGCAACCCCGUGUUUCAGCUCAAGUUCAACCAAGCAAUGAAUAUGCCGAUUCCAAGUCUACGGCAACCGUUGUACCAUCCGUGCCUGAGGAUACGGACUUUAGCUCUUUCAACUUCUCGUCGGACUCUCAUAUACCUUCAGCCAGCACUACAGGCUCCAGCGCAUCCGUCCGCGCAAUCCCCAGAUACGAGAAUGCUACACCGCAAAUGACAGCGGGGGAAAAGCACACGACAGAGCGGGGCAGGGUUGUAUCGGAGCCAACAGGAAAGAAGGACCUGUCUCGAAAAGAAAGGCGAGCGACCAAACGAUUAGAGGCAGAGAGAAAAGAGGCAGAGAAGCGUAUGCUUAAACUGGAACAAUCACAGGCUCAGGCAGACGACCGUACCGGCCGCCGUCUACGUAGGAGGGAAUCAAAGGGGAACUCGGAGCGAUCAUCCAGUGCUGGCAGCCUGCGCCUGAGGUCGUCGUCUAUCAAGGCAUUUUUCACAGGCUCCCGUCAAAGCUCUCGAUCGCGCGCUGGCUCUGAAAGCGACAAUGAAUCUGUUCGUGGCUCCGCUGAUGUCAACCCAGCAGCACCUAUUCCACCUUCUAUACCGUUGGCGCUGGAAGAGCGCUUCGGAGCUAAUGUAUCCCGAGAGCUGGCUACUCGACAUGGAACAACAUUAGUCCCUGCAAGCCAGCUCUCGUCAAGCCAACUGCCUUCUCAGCCGCCUCAAUCAACACAGCGCCUACACCAUACCCCGGUUAAAUCCGACGAUCUUCGAGAAAACUGGAAAACUGCCGAGGAAUGGCAAAAGACACAGGGAGGUCGCGAGUCUGGCGGAGCUUUGGCUCAGCCUGAACACAUGGCCGAAGGACGGUCUCAGUCGCCUCGGGUAUCAUUGUACGGUACGGACCUCGAUCAAGAUCUGUUCACUGCAACUUCAAAGCAUGGAAGGAAGACCUCAAGUAACAUCAAUACUGGUUCUCCAAAAGACUCCCCAGAUACACAAAUCACAACCGUGCAACAGUUGCGUGAAAUAUCUCGUGCGGCUUCAGAGGGCAAACCCCCUUCAUAUAGCGCAACCGGUAUCCAGCCGCCCAUAUUUGCCGAUGUCUCAAAUAAUCCCAUGAGGCACCGCUUGGAGUCAACUCCGCAAGCCCAUCCAAGGGUGUAUAAAUCCUCACCUCUGGCCAUGAACCCCAAUAGCCCAGAUAGCCCGACUCGUUCAUCGAAUACGGAUCCUACGCUUUGUAAAGAUAACUUGGAUUUGCCAAAGCCAUUGCGAGUCUCAAAGAUUCCUCAGCUUGAGGAGCCUCAGGGGCGCACUCGACAAUCAAUCCCAGCCUCUGAGCAGGUUCUAAGUCGCCUCAAAGCGACAAACCCCAGUGGCACACAAGAGUCGGCAAAUGGAGCACUGGCAUCGUCUGGGAAGGAAAAUCGACAAGAUACUGGUCGUCAGGAGCGUCAGAUAUCCGAUGAUUCCAGACAACCUCAUGCAAUACCUCCUCCCAAGCACCCAGGCCGAUUAAGCCUUGAUGAGCACAUUCCCAAGCGGGCGAGCAAUCAGAUUUCAGCAGGGAAACCCGCCCUAACAGAAGUUGCACAGCAUGGCACCCAGGAAACCCAUCUGCAUCACCUUUCUCCUCGUAGGAACCCCGAUGGGAGAAAGUCCCCGCCCACCCCAGCAGCUUGGAACGACCCAGAUAACAGGCGAGCGUCAUUCUCAUCACAAGCAUCAAGCUACAACACCGCCGACGAAGAAGUUCUCGACGUUCCAGGACGCUCGAAACGAGCCUCUGCCCCAGCCCCCAAGUCCAAAGAAGCAGCAACAGAACCAGAACUAAAGCCGAAUCCAAAGCCAAAGCCAAAGCCUAUUACGCCCGCUGCAGAUGUCGUUUCAGUUCCACAGAAGGGAAAUCCUAAGAGUCCCUCCACCAAUUCCCGAAUCAAACCACCUCUAGCCUCCGGGCCUCUAAAUCCUAUACAAAAGAUGAAACUGCCCCGCUCCGACGAAGUCCUCACUAAGCUGUUCGUCAUCUGCUGUCAAUGCAAAUACUGGCAUGACAUGCCGUCAGACGUUUACGCCAGACUCACCUCUCCUGAGCGCGCGCCCUCAGGAUCCCUGCUGUCUAGGACCUUUUCGCGCGGGAAAUCGCUGAGAAACUCGAUCUUCUCUUCUGAUUCUGAUGAUCCGCGGCGCAUGCCUGUGCCGAGGCGGGGGCCUCAGCAGCAGCAGCAGCAGCAGGAUCGAGGUCCGUCUGGUAGUGGUAAUGGGGCUGGGAAUCAAGCCUUGGCUGCACGAUCAUCAGCGCCGCCGUCGUCUCAGCAGAUACCUGCUCGCCGUCAUCAAUGCUGCUGGUGUACGCAUAAUAUGAGUAAGUCGUGCUGUCAAGGUUGGACUGCUCUUGUUCAUAUGCGCGAGCGGUAUCAUUGA